CUUAGCUGGGCUUCUCACACCUCUUUAUUACUCCUUCUCGUGUCGAGUCAAUCGCUACUAUAGUCAAGGGUUCCCUACGAGUGCAUGCGACAUCCUCUUCACAUCGCUUCGAGCUUGGUCAUAUCUAUUGUAGAUGUGAAGAUCUCAAGUUCCAUUGACGUCAAUCAUUCGCCUUUCGCCAGACUUUUAUGAGGGACCAAUGGCCUAUCGACUCCAGCCUCUCGCCAGCUGAUAUGCCAGCGCUCUAGCCGUAUCACGAAGGAAAGAGAUAUGUCAGAAGCAGGCACGAUGCUUGGGCUCCUGGAGCCUCUUCAAAGGAUUGUUUCCAGGAAGUUUCACGAGGCGUAUCGAAACAAAGAUCUACUGUUUUCGGACACGAAGCUAGAUGUCCUCCGUACAAAACAUGAAUCUUUGUUUCAACUGCGCUACUGUCCAGCAUUAGCAAAGAAGGCCAAAAAAGACGAGGAAAAGGACAGAAAUGCCCCAAAAUUUGAUCCAUUCGCAGAUCCCCCUGCCGAGCUGCUCGUUGCAAGCAUCCCAGGAGAUCACCCAUCACAUAUCUUGGUCCUGAAUAAGUUUCCGGUCAUACACAACCACUUUAUUAUUGCAACUGUAGCGAACAAACCCCAGACCGAUCUACUGGAGUUGGGAGACCUCAGCAUGACGUACGAAUGUCUGCGUGCAUGGCAGAGUCAUCAGAGCGGCAGGAGCUCGCCGCGAUUAUUUGCCUUCUUCAAUUCAGGGGAGCACAGUGGCGCUAGUCAGGUGCACCGCCAUCUGCAGUUUCUGCCGGUGGAAGAUAUGUCGAGUACAGGCUCUCCGGACUGGAGCCUUGUCGUGGAUCGGAUGACUGUCCCAGCUCAUCCGGACCUCCCUCUCUUUCACGAUCCGUCUUUUCCGCUUGUCGGGUUCUCCACUCACCUGGAAGAAGAGACAUCACCAGAAAUUUUGCACUCGAAAUACCUGUUGCUCCUAAAAGCGGCGCUAUCUGCCGCGAAGUGUCCUGGCCAACCUCUGAAUGACAGCAUCGAGAUUGAAAAAGAGGGCCAGACUACCUUCAGCUACAAUCUGGCAAUGACAACGGAAAGAAUGGCUAUAUGUCCCAGGAGGACUGAAGCAGUGGCUGUUCCCGGGGGAGGUCCUGAGAGUUCAGUCGCCCUCAACGGCACCAUCCUGGCUGGCACAUUGAUGGUAAAGCAUGAAUCAGACUGGGAUAUACUCCGCCAAAAUCCUUUGCUGCUUGACGACAUGCUGGCUUCAGUGGGUUAUGCUCCAGCAACAUGGGUAUGAUGCUCUAGGGAAGGGCGUUCGCGAACAGUGCGCCGGCAAAUGCUUCCUCUCCUGUUGGGAUGCCAAGCAAGAUCUUGGGUUUCCUGUACUGGUCGAGCGCCGAACCUCGAGGAGCCCAACACAAGCAGCAUUUUUGGACACAUAUUCGGUCAACUUACCAGAAAUCGACGAGAGCUUGCUUAUGCUGUAGUCACAAAUGACACGAGGCUGAAUACCAUUCGUAAGUGAAUACGUGGGCUAGACGGGUAGUGCCUUGAAUACGGGAACUGCGACAGCAGUGGUAUGACAUGGUCCGCGACAAUACAUGAUCUUCUCCCCCAGCCAUGAAAAGACCCCAUGGUCAAGAAGAUUGACGAUCUGCAGAAGAUCCUACGAGGCAUCCACUUUGAAGUGACAAAAUGCAGGGAGAGAAUUGAAGGGUCAAAAGAGGAGGGGGCCAUUUUGAGACAAGGACGGCGAUGCCAAUCCUCGUAACUGCAGAUUUCGUAACAACAAGGCCACGGCAACCAGUAAAGCCUAGUUGGGACAUUCACAAUGGUGAAAAGCCCUUUAGCAGGCUCGUGGUCAAUCCUGGAUCAUUGUCGUGGCUGGCGUCGGCCAAGGGACGUUGGACAAGGCACUACGGCGGUAGGAUAUCCAAGUAAUAGUUAUUCGCCGAACGAGAAAGAAGCUAAAUGGUGAUGCAUCUUUCACGCAGUAGCGGUUAUUGGGGACACCUGAAAGCGUCCUGUUCUUCUUCCUUGGGAGGAGGAAUCCGAAGAGGACCAGUAACUAAGUGCAUUUUGCAAGAAGUCCAGACCAGAUAGUUCUCGCUUCCAGCGCAAGCC